UAUAAAAAGAACGGUACCUGAUGUAAUAUUACUCAAUGUACAACAUGAAACUGAUUGUAUCGUUGAUUUUGUGCGUUUUAGCUGGAACGCAAGCCCGUGAAGGUUUUGGCCCGGGGGACCAAGAUUGGGGCUAUGUAACAGUUCGGGAAGGAGCCCAUAUGUUUUGGUGGCUUUUUUUCACCACAGCAGAUGUAGCGCAUUACACUGAAAAACCCUUAAUAGUUUGGCUCCAAGGAGGACCAGGUGCUUCAUCCACCGGUUACGGCAACUUCGCCGAAUUGGGACCUUUAGAUCUCAAUUUAGAACCGCGAGAGCACACAUGGGUUAAAGACGCAAACGUCAUCUUCGUUGAUAAUCCAGUUGGAACCGGGUUCAGUUACGUUGAAUCUCCAACUCAAUUAACCACCACUAAUAAAGAAAUCGCGGAUGAUUUCGUCGAGUUAUUAAGAGGAUUUUAUGAAAAAUAUCCUGAGUUUAAAACCGUUCCGUUUUAUAUAGUUUCUGAAUCGUAUGGUGGUAAAAUGACCAUUGAAAUCGCUUCGGUUCUUGAUACCGCGAUUAAAGGGGGAAGUAUUGAAUCGAAUUUUAUUGGAGUUGGUUUGGGCGAUUCUUGGUUAGAACCUGUUACAAUUGUGCAACAAUGGGCACCUUAUUUAUGGAGUGUUGGUGCUGUUGAUCAAAGAGGACGUGAUAACGUUCAAGCAGCGGCUGAUUUAACGAAAGAACUUUUUGAGCAAGGACGAUAUGUUCAGUCAACAAAUCAAUGGGGAACGACAGAAUACGUUAUUUGGGAUGAAGCUGCCAAUAUCGAUUUUUAUAACAUUUUAACCCCAAUCAGAGCUAGAGGUAAAUCGUAUCGUCCGCUCGCCAAACCUGAAGGGGCGACAAGAGAUGAAGAAGACGAAAUUUUAGAAAGGAUUAUGGCUCAAGUUAGAGAAUCUUUAGGUUUAGAGGCACAAUGGGGUGUUCAAAGUAACGCUGUUUUUAGUACUCUAUCUGAAGAUUUUAUGAAACCCGUCACACAAGUCACUGAAUAUGUUUUGGAUAACACCGAUGUUAAAGUAGCUGUUUUUAACGGCCAAUUAGACUUGAUCGUUUGCACUCCGGGCAUCGUUCUUUGGUUGGAUAGCCUCCAAUGGAGCAAAACUUCUGAAUGGUUAUCCGCACCAAGACCGCCUUUCGCCGUUAACGGUUAUUACGAAGGUUUUGAAAAACAUGCCGGAAAUUUAGCUAUGUACUGGGUAAAUAGAGCUGGUCAUAUGGUGCCAUCUGAUAAUCCAGCUGCUAUGGAUUAUAUAUUAAGAAAAUUAACCAACGAUUAUGAUGGAAAUGUAAAAAGAGCAUAAAAAGAAAUAUCUUUUUUGAAAUAAAAUUGUAUAAUUAAUUUUU